AUGUCAGACCCGUAUGCGCGGUUGUUUUUGGCUCAUGUGAGCCAGGCCAUGAAUCAGCAAGCCCGCGAUCACGACAGCUGCACGGCGCUCCUGCAAUCUGCCACACCCGAUUUUCGGGUGGAGGGCCUUGCAGAUAGGAGAACACGAGAGCAAGCGGUGAAGGCGCUGAAGCUUCGGCUGCAUCCUGAUAAACACGGCGGUAGCGUUGUCGCCACCAAUUUGUUCCAAGACGUCGACUCCUUCGUGGCGGAGUGUCUGGAAGCGGGAGAACGCCCCCGGCCGGCAUCCGCAAGUCGAACAUCUACACAAUCUACCAGCAACAAGCGGAGACGACAGCAGGACCACGUCGACACGACCAGCAGCAGCGCUGACGUAGAGCCGGAACCCGAAAGCGACAUCCCCGAUGAGUUCAACUUCUUCCACCACUACGCCCACCUCGAGGUGGCAGACGCGGAUGUUUGGUCCGAGUUUUGGCACGGACCCUCGUCCUCUGCGUUAGACGAUGCCCGCCGGAUGGCCCUCAACUGGAGCGCGCAGCGCGCGCAGGGCCGACCGCUUGAGCUCUACUGGCACCCCGGAGUCACGGUGCCACAGCUGGAAACCUUUUCGGGGUUAUCGAGAAUAGGGUUAAAACGGCGCAUCGUGGAGAACGGGCCUCUGGUAAGCACCUCGUUCGUGCCGACCGCCCAACUGGCCCAAGUGUGUCCGAAAAAGGCGUUUCGCCCCGCGCACAUCGGCAGGCCCCACCCAGUCCUCAUCUGCGGCUGGCAAUACACCCCGCACGGGGAGGCGUGGCUGAUAAAACCUCUCGGACCGAGCGACACUUGCCCGACCGCAUCGGCUUCACAACCGCGACCGCACUACGAGCCGGGCGUCGACGUGCUUUCGGUAGCGGUGGGGCAGUUCCAGCUUGCAGACGAGAUUGAGUGCGCCAGCUGGGAGUUUGUGCGGGACCAGAAAUUUCAGGCCGGGCCGUACCUCUCGCUGCUGGACCCUCCAGCAAAGCUCGCGGAAAUUGGAAACGCGUGGUGGACGUUAUCGAGGAUCACCUGGAGCUGUACUGCCGCCCAGUUGCCGUUGCUUUUCACAGCGAUCGCGUCCGCGGAUCCGCACAAUAGCACGGGCGUGCUGGAGACGACGAUGGGUAUCGGGAAAGCCAUAAAAUCCGAGGCAAAAGUCGAGUUGCACCUACCUGGCUUGAGGGCGAUGUGCAGACCAGUGAAGCUUGCGGAACUGCAGUAUGACGUAUCGGAAAACCGGUACCGCGCUGAGCUUGUGUUUUUGUGAAGUAGACCUCAUUUGGAUUUGUUCUCUAGCGACGCUGACGGCGGCCGCGGCGAAUCAAUGAAUAUACAUAGUGAGUACAAUGAACAACGACCAGUAGGAUCACGAUCGCAAUAAACAGAAAAAGAAAUUGG